GCCGAGGAAGAAAGGGAAGACGUCACAUGAUGGAGAGAUGCAGCCAGCCAGCAGUAGCUGCCUCCCGACUAAUCACACAGCAUUAACAUAAACCAGCUAACUCCACGGGCUAACUUGGACAGCCAUCUGCCUUUCAUUUUCUUAUUCGCUCCGAAUUAAAAAGCCGCGAAGAGCAGACAGAGAAUUGACGGACGGUGCGAAACGAAGAACAACGUCACCGUCGCGCACGGUUACCUUAGUCCCUUCUUGCAUCCAGCUGAAAGCGUCAUUUGACAAAGCAGGGAAGCCCACGGUUGGAAACUCUACCUUGGCUAGCAGCGGGCUAGCCAGCUUGCUAGCUGCUAACAUUGCUAACUGUAGUUAGCUAGCUAGCGAGCUGUGAUAAGUUGCGUCAUGGAGGAGCUUGUAGUGGAAGUGAGAGGCACAAGUGGAGCCUUUUAUAAGGCUUUUGUGAAGGACGUCCACGAGGGAUCCAUCACUGUGGCAUUUGAAAACAAUUGGCAGCCGGAGCGUCAGAUCCCGUUCCAGGACGUUCGCUUCCCUCCUCCGACGGGCUUCAGCAAAGAGAUAAAUGAGAGUGAUGAAGUUGAGGUGUACUCCAGAGCGAAUGACAAGGAGCCGUGUGGCUGGUGGCUGGCCAAGGUUCGCAUGGUCAAAGGAGAGUUUUACGUGAUCGAGUACGCGGCGUGCGACGCCACGCUGAACGAGAUCGUGACGCUGGAGCGGUUACGGCCGGUCAACCCGAACAAGCCAGCCACCAAAAACACCUUCAUCAAGAUCAGGCUGGAAGUCCCUGAAGACCUGCGACAGAUGUGCUCCAAGGAGUCGGCGCACAAAGACUUCAAGAAGGCCGUCGGCGCGUUCAACAUCACCUACGACUCUGAGAAAAAGCAGCUGGUCAUCUUGUCAAUGAACGAGGUCACGACAAAGCGGGCCAACAUGAUGAGCGACAUGCACUUCAGGAGCCUCCGCACCAAACUGUCGCUCAUGAUGCGGAACGAGGAGGCCAGCAGGCAGCUGGAGAGUUCCAGACAGCUGGCGUCUCGGUUUCAUGAGCAGUUUGCAGUUCGGGACGACCUGAUGGGUCUGGCCAUCGGGACUCACGGGGCCAACAUUCAGCAGGCGCGAAAAGUCCCCGGAGUCACCAACAUCGACCUGGACGAAGAGACUUGCACCUUCCACAUAUAUGGGGAGGACCAGGAUGCCGUCCGAAUAGCUAGGAGCUACCUGGAGUUUUCUGAAGAUAUCAUCAAAGUUCCCCGAAACUUAGUCGGAAAAGUGAUUGGAAAGAACGGCAAGCUGAUCCAGGAAGUGGUGGAUAAGUCCGGUGUGGUGAGGGUUCGAAUCGAGCCGGAGAACGACAAGAAGCCCUCAGCGGCGGCCGCGGCAGCAGCAGAUGAGGUCAGUGGUGUCGGGAUGAAAACGCCUCAGUUUCUGGAUUUUCUUCACAUCUCUUCCGCAUCAAACCGUGUUGAUGUUCUUCAGGGAAUGGUGCCAUUUGUGUUUGUGGGGACCAAGGAAAGUAUUUCCAAUGCAACAGUGCUCCUGGACUAUCACCUCAAUUACCUUAAGGAGGUGGACCAGCUGCGCUUGGAGCGCCUUCAGAUUGACGAGCAGCUGCGACAGAUAGGGGGCGGGGGCGGUGGGGGUGGGGCAGGCCCCCGAAACCCCAAAGACAAAUCCUAUGUGUUCGAUAACGGGAUGGGAAUGGGGAUGGGCAGAGGAGCAGGAGGUGGGAAGCCCUACAUGGGAGGAAGAGGCGGACGGGGCCGGAGAGGGGGCGGGGCGGCGUUCACCUCAGGCACCAACUCGGAGGCGUCCAACGCUUCGGAAACGGAGUCAGACCACCGAGAGGAGCUGAGCGACUGGUCCCUGGCUCCCACCGAGGAGCUGAUGACGGGAGGCGGGUCCCUGCCCAGACGGACAGACGGCAGGAAACGAGCCGGAGGGGGGUGCCUGAGAGGCCGCGGGGGCAGAGGGAGAGGAGUGGGAGGGUAUAAAGGUGAUGACAUGCAGUGGGGCGAGCCAAGACCUCGUCAUGUAAGGGACCCAAAACCUCGAGGCCAGGAAGACACACUGCAGAUCCGUGUGGACGGAAACAACGAGCGCAGCGUGCAGCACUCAUCAGGCGGCCGAGGAGGAGGAGGAGGAGGACCUUCUUCAUCCCAGAGUGGCAUCGCCGUCAGCGGGGACAGCCAGUCCCGCCAUCACCAACAGAGACCCCUGAGAGACCGGGGGAUGAAGAAGGACAAACAGGACGCUCCGGCGCUGGUGAACGGAGUGUCGUAGAUGCACCCACUGAGGACCUUCUCUCUCUCUCUCUCUCACACACACACACACACACACAGGCAACUUCUCAAACACCAUCUUAUAGUUUCUGGCGUAUUUUAUUUUAUUUUUUUGUCUUUUUCUCGUCUUUGUCGCACACAAGAGGACACGCAUUUCCAUUGGCAUGGAAACGUUUAGCGAAGUCUUGAUCUGUUCCCGCCUGCUGCCGUCUCCUGUUCUUCUCUGGACUGUUUUUGGAACAAGAGGACAAGAAGAAGAAGGUUUUGACGAAAGCUCCUCUGUGACAGAAGGGUUAGCUGAGGGGGCGGGAAAAAAACGCUCCCAUUUCACUCCAUCAACACCACAAAUAUGUAUUUUUUGGGGAGUUUUUUUUUUUUUUUUCCCCUUCGGUCUCAUUUGGGCUUACUCGCACGAGAAAACGGGAACGACGACGGCGGCAGCAGAAAUCUGUGGAAACGAUUUCAUCCAUUUGGCAAAAAGUUUCAACGUUUUGAACUCUUAGAGAUGAUCGCAGACUUUGCUGUGUCCAAACAUAUCCCUUUCCCCCACUGGUACAGAAACACGUUUUGCUUCUCUAAAACUCCCAAAAUCCAACAUUUUCAAAGUCACCCAAAACCAGCUUUCUACACCGUACCUGUUCAAAAAAAAAAAAAAAAAAAAAGUAGCAAAUCUGAGAUUUUUUUUAAUUUUUCGUCCUGGUGGGAAGACGUUUGGUUGUGGGGGAAAAAAUGUUUGCAGAUGGCACUUUACUUUGAUUUUCUACCAUUUUUCCCCACACUGAAAUACAAACAGGUAGGCACUCCUAAAAGCGACGCUCUACAUCACGCUGUUAUAUAAAAAGGUCUUUGUUUGGUUUGAUGCCUAAAUAUUGUAAGCUGUCGGACCCCGUCUCUUCUGAAGCAUACAGACUUAAACCUGAGGCCAGCUGGUGUGAAAUAUCUGUUCUAUUUUUUUUUUUUUUAAAAAAAAGCAAAUUAAAACUCAGCAGCAACUUCCAAAAGUCUAGGUUUGUACUACGUCGAUGUCAACUGUCAUUUUGUAAAAAAAUAAAUAAAUAAACGCUCCACCUCUCUUGUGAGCAGAUUGCUGAUACGAUGAGAGAAAGGUUAAAAAAAAUAAACACCGACUCAUGGCUCCAGCCUGUAAAAUAAAAGAUUGAUGCUCGUAUACGGAUUCAUCGCAGCACGCCUGCACUGGUUUUAGACGAUACUGCACUGAUUCACAGGGUGGUACUAAAGAGCUGUCGGGUGACGACUCCUAACCUGCAUUUUACUUUGGUUUCUGGCUCUAUUUACUGACAUUAAAAGAGUCCACUUAAGUGGAGGGCAGAUGAAAUGGCUCAAACAGGACAGUUCUCCUGUUUAGUUUAUUAAUUUGUCAAGUCUUUUCAUUUGUAAAACAUAUUUGUCUUAACUGUAGAUGAAAUAUCAGUUGUUUUUGGCUGAGGUUUUGCCCCCCCCGUUCUGCUUGUCCAACAUAUUUGUGAUCUAUCUCUUUCCUGUUUACCUUUUUUUCCCGUCAAAAUCACAUUUUGGCUGCAUCUUGUAAACGACAAAAAUGAGACAUUUUCCUACAGCUACGGAAGUCGGCGAAGCGGUCAUUAUGUGCCUGUGAUUUUUUUUCAUAAACUGUGAGCUUCUCGUUUUUCAGUCACCAAGAGGCUCCUUUAUGUUUGUGCCUUGGGUUUAUGUUCCUCCUCGUCUGUAAAUUUGGCAAAUUAUAAAGGAAAUCGUCAUCAGCGUAAUGAUGCAUGAUGGAGAUUCUGUGAUUCUUCAUGAGAGAAAUGGCUGUUUUAAAAGUUGAAGUCCCUGAGUUGUUUUUUUUUUUUGUUUUUUUUUUGGUACUGUUUACAUAAUGGAGGUCAAAACAAUAUGAUGGGUGUGAACUGUAAUCAUGACGCAUUUUAACGUUGUAUUCAUUGAUUUCUGUGGAUUUUCUUGCAUGGAAGAGAGCAGUUUGGUUUAGCUUGGGGAGAAAGCCUUAAAAGUUGAUUUACUGUUGUUUUUUUCCGUUAAAGUUCUCAACUCAAACCGACCGCAAUAAUGGCCAUGGGCUAAUCUAGAGAGGGGAUUUGAUUUAGGAGACAAAAUGACUAAGACUAGGUUUAUCAAUGAAUCCGUAGACUUUCUUAUUUAACACUCAAAUCUUCUUUUUCAUAAUUCUCACUAGCUGCGUUUCCAUUAAAAGUGUGCACAAAACUUUGUCAAAACUUUUUUUUUUUAAAUUGUGAAUUAGCUUGUUCAUCCAAUAGGUCAUUAUACCUACCGCGCAGUCAUCCUCAAAUACUUCCUGUCGUUUUCUUCUUCUUGGUUUCUGCCAGUGGUAAAAGCUGCUUGUUGGUCACAUGACUCGUGUGAUGCAAAAAAAACAAAAACAUUUCCAUUGCAGUUUUGCGACAGAACUAUUUUGAUUAAAAAAAAACAAAAAAACUUUUUACCGAAAAACAAGUUUUUUAGUAAUGACUGUUUCCAUUAAGUGAAUUUAUAUUUGAAAUGCGCCAUUUUAUAGUCAAUGGAAAUGCAGCUAUUGAAGAAUAUGUUGGAUUUUGUCAAGAUUCGCGUACUUGUAUGUUGGGAUGGUUUUAAAAAUAGUCAAAUUUAGGUAAAGCUAAUAGUGAAGCGAAGACGGUACAGGUGGACGUGACAAAACCUUCAUAUUAGCAAAGCUAGACAUUAAAGUUUCUUGUGGCCUGCUUCACAAAUCCUACUAAAACCAAAACCUUUGACACAAUUCUUGAAAAGAAACAAACCUUUCUAAAGGAACGUCUGAAUUACUUUUAUUUAAGAACUCUGACAACUCAGUGUGUAAGGGAAACCUUAAUUUUAAUUUUGUGACACGUGCCUUCGAUUAUGGCUAGCAUCACAACCUAGAUGGAGGAUAAUUCAGCGUCUCAAGAUGGUAAAAAAAAACCUGAUUUGUCUUGAGUUCUCAAAGCUUUGGCUGAAGUCCGACUGCAAAGAAGUAAAGGUUCAGGAGUCUGGUGGUUUCAGCUCUUAAGGACGGUGGCUGCCGUAAGCGCCGGACCUCUAGGUGUUGCAUCUACAGCAUCAGACUGAAGCCUGACGGCUCAUCUGUGAAAUUCUGUGCAGGCCUCGAGUGGCCACUCGGCCCUCGCACGUGCACCAUUUUUAAAGUUUCAUUUCUGGGUAUGAAGCGGUAAGUGAACCUGCUCCUACUGCCGCUUUAACACCUGAUAAAUGAACCGAAGAGGUGGCUGUGAUUAGGCCAGGUUCCUUCUUUUUUUUUUUUUUUUUUUUUUUAAACUUUCAUUGCAUGAACAUCUUUCUUCUGGACUUUAAAGACGUUACGUGGAGUUUGACAUAAUUUUUUAAAAAAUAGGCGUUUGGCUUCAGUAGCCAGUCAUGAGCUGAAAACGUACACCGUAGAGUCAGUGACACGUAGAACUUUCUAUAACAUUUUAGAAAAUGGUGACAUGAGUAAUAAAUGAUGAAACGAGUUGUUUUAGAAGUCGUCUAUUUUUUUUUUGCCCCCUUUUUAAUUAUGAUGUAUGUAUGUAUGAUGUUAAUUUCUCCAUCACUAAUAUGUUAAGACUUUGCUUUCACUUGUUUACACUCCAGCCAUGUUGCAUUUAGUUUCUCUGGUAAGGAUUCCAACCAGUUCAUCAGCCAAUGGUUCCAGUGAAACUAACCUAUGUAUUGUCAGUAGGGCAUCUGCGUUCUGUUUAACAAAAAGAAGACAAAAAAAAACAAAAGAAGGGAGGGUGGCAUAUUGUAUAUAAUGAUGUCAUUAUUUGUUUAGGAAAAGAUUUGUACAAUUGUUUAAAAUGCUCUCUUAUGCUAUUUUUUUGUUUUGUUUUUGUUUAAUAUUGGGCUAAAUGCUAGAGCUCUUCAGAAUAAACUCAAUGCUGUGCAGUAAAGUAGGAUUUGGUUGAAAUGCGGUUGAUAUGAACAGCUUUGCAGAGGGAGUCGGUUGUCAUUUGACAUUAUGGAAAUCUACCCAAAACUGAAUAAAAUACUGAACCCACUCAGGGAAUUUGACCUAAUGAUUGAUGGAAACUGUAUGACAAUGACAGCAUUAAAGUAAAUGUCAAGAAUUUAUGAACGCUUUAGAUUCUCUGUUGCCCCCAAAUCUGCAUCUGUUGUAGUGAUGACUAAAAUAAACAUUUCUGGGCCAUUUGAUACAUAAGUUGGCAAAUUUUGUGGGUUCUGAUUGGUUAGUCCCCUUGUCAUUUCAUACCUUUAGAGUUUCGAUUGUCUUCUACAUUAUUAUUAUUUUUGGUUAUUUGGAGAGAUGUAGGUGCCAAAUGGCCUUUUUGAACCAGCUAAACCUUCAGCUUGUAUUCACUUUGACAAAAUAAAUUGUAAGAAACUCUCCAUUAUCUUCUCAAAGUCUACUGUAAGGAAAUGUAGAGGAAUCACCCCAAGAAAUACCUACCAGCCAGAUGUGAGGUAUUUUUGCUUAUUUUAUUUUCAUCACUAUAGUUCAUAAGAAUGUCUAUAAAAAAAAAAUUCUGACAACGCAGUGAUUUUAAUACUCGGGUACAGAAUGUUAGACGUGACAAAAUGGCAUCACCAGGGUAUGAAAUGAUAUGACUUGGCGAUGGGGCUAAUUGAUCGGAGUCUGGAUUUCAUGACUCCCUUCGAUGUUUUAUGGUCUGCAGGAGCUUUUUCCUCAUUCUAGAUUUAGAAAGAAAGAAUAGUUUGCCUGUUGAGCUCAUGACUCGUCAUGUUGCAUUUAGGAACAGUCGUGAACAACUCUGAAAUUAGAAGGAAAAAGAAGAAGCUACAUGCUAGCAUGUUCUAGCUAAGGUGUUGCUAAUUUCAGAGCAGCUACAACAAAGACGGUUAGUGUAGCUUAAACUCAUGAAACUCGUUUUGACUUGCUUCAAAGUGUAAAAACGUGCUGGUAAACACCACUUUAUUUAUUCUGAGCUACAACUGAACAUAGAGUGAUAGCAGAGGUCUAUUUUAACUGAAGAGACGCUGUGUGUGAUUGUUAGCCAUGUCUGCAGUCUACACUAGCAUCUCCCUAGCGCUAAUAUAAAGGGUUUCAGCCUUGAAGAAAACACUUGUGGCUAACCUGAAGCAAGUAUUAUGUCCUACAGUAUGUCGACAUGCAUAAUGCCGUAGGAUGGAUUCUCCCUUUAGUUUCUAGCUAAAAGUGAACCCUGAGACUUUCUUGCUCUCUACAUGUACAGCUAAAGAAAUAAUAACCAGCCUAUUUUUGUCAUUUACGAAUACCCUAGGUAUUUUUUCAACAACAAAAACUGUUAUUUACCCUUUUAGUGCUGCCAGGCAGACUUAUCUCCCACAGGAUAGAUGGUACGCACUGAUCUAGUUGGGGUUUUUUUAGACAGUGUUAUAAAUGUUUCAGAGACCUUUUUCAUUUUAGCGCUGUUGUCGCACCAGAUUGGAGGAAACACCCUUCACCUCCGGUUGUGCGUUGUUGUUUUAUGGAGCCUCCAGGUUCAGGUGGGAUGUGUUUUUUUGUUGUUUUUUUUUACCUCCGGGAGAGUGAAUUAGUUCUGUGGGGAAGAAAAGCGGAAACAUAUUUCAGUGUUUGGGUUGGAUCAUUAGGGAGAUCACUGCUGAACAAGACCAAUGUAUGUAAAUAACUAUAAAACACUAAAGUGAAAGAAGACUGUUGCAUGCUGACCUGGUUGAGGUCACUGAGGAGAUGUUGCUUUGGAAGCAUUUUAACCAACUGGUGGUGACGUAGUUAACUAGUAACCUGGCAUUUAAGCAACUCACCUGAGAUCAGUAGAGCUCAUUUCAUGGCAUGAAGCUCAUCUCAGUGGGUGAACUAUCAAGAACUUCGACUUAUGCUGAGAUGCAUGAACAGAAUUGGUUGCGGCCAAUCACGUGGCUCUGGAACCGUUUGGGGUCCCAAAAUGGAAGUGGGCUGUUACGUGACGCCAUUUGAGACGUAACCAUGCAACGUUUUCUACAUGGGAACCUAUGAAUAUGAAUUCCAAUACAACUGUUUAAACCAUGAUGAUGGAUUUUUUUAAGGAGCAAUCCUUCUGAAACUUCAAUCACUGUAAACCCACUUGUGUCUCACCUAGAAAUGUCUUUGUAAGCUAGUGGAAGUGAACGUUGGGUCUUGGAGCCUGCCUUCAACAUUUAGGCCGUUUCGACAGAGAAUUGGGCAAAAAGUAGAAAUACAUCCGAUUGGAAGUAUGUACUUUACAGAUUAGCGGAGAGUCUAUGUCUGUGGCUAUAGGGUGUAGGAGUGCAUGUGAUUGUCACAUUGAGUGCUGUCCUGACUAUAGAACUGACUUAGUUUGGGAAGGUUUUGUUUGUUUAAUCGGAACACAGUGGAGUCGGACCAAAUGCUGAAAGGUCCUGCUUUGUUCUGACUUCACUUGAAACAUCAAAUUUGGUAUGUAUGUCAAGACAUUUAAAGAUACUUAUGAACCGCCAUUAGUCCCAUUGCGGUUCGUCUUGGGCUAAAACAAGGUCUAUCCAAAUUGUAUUUUUUAUUGUUAGUUCAGAUGUCAGACAGCAGUAAUUUAUAGAAGGUAACGUUGAAGACUACUAGGUGUUCACACUAUGGGCUAUUCAACUAUAGAUUGCCAGAAAGUGACGACUUGCAGAGCAUCUGUAGAUACUUAAACCAGGGUAAUUCAAAAAGCUGUUAAACCUUGUGUGCACUUUUUGGGCAUUUUAAUCUUUGUUUUCUCUUUUUGUACAUACUACCUGCAUUUAAGAUGUUUGGGUGGACAUGUCUGGUUAUAGUGCAAUAUAUUUUGUAUGCAAGCAGUUUCAAUAAAUAAAGUUUGAUCUUCCUCCGG